AUGCGAUGGCACUCGACUGCGACUUGGCACGGGCCGCUAGCGAUAUCCGACCAGCUCGUCCAGCAGAAAUCGACGUUCCAGGCAUAUGCGACCAGAUACCAGGCCGAAGCAGAUGCCCCCGCCACCUUCUCGCGGCUCAUGAAAAUCACAGCGAUGCCACAACUUCUCGCCCACAUCCAGGAGGUCGACCCACGUACUCGUCGCGCGUCGCACGCCAUGUAUGCGUGGAGACUGCGCUCAUCAUCCCUCAUAUCCAGCAGCCUUGUCUUAGGGUCGUCUAACGGCGGCGAGGCGGGCGCAGGAGAGCGUCUUGAGCGUCUGCUUGAGCUCAGCAAUUGCGAAGACGUGGUCCUCGUGGUAUUCCGGUGGUACGGCGGCGUCAAGCUUGGCUCCGAUCGUUGGCGGUGUAUCUCCACUGUAGCCAAGGAGGCUCUCAAGCGCGGAGGUUUUCUCUCUGGGAGCCGGGAAGCUAGCGACAGAGCUAGAAGUCGCAAUGGCAGUCGGAAGCGAGGGAAAUAA